AUGCUUUCAAGCGACCUCCCUGAAAAGCUUUUGUCGGGUAAUCCGCCUCCCCAUUCUCAACAGGCUAUCGACGAAGCACAGCCAAGCUCGCAUCAACGCAGAGAGCCAGAGGUGACUGCGAAAUCGGGGACAAUCGCAGAGUCUCGAUCUAGGCCCAAAAGCGUUGCAAAGCGAAUGAAGAGAAUCAAGGCCAGACUCAAGAAGACUGAAGAACAGAUCAACUACCAGGAUGCUGGUAUGAAGCAAGCUCAAGCGACCUGUACGUCGCUACAAGAACAGUUCAAAUUGGCUAUAGCCAACCAAAACAAAGGUUUCAAGGAGAUCAAAGUUAUGAUAUCGAGAAUUGAAGCUCGCCUCGCCAUUUCGACGGCCUCCCAUCCUGCUACUCCUGAAGCUCUCUCCUGGUCGCGUCAGCCUCCCCCAACCAGGCCAGCAAACGCUGGGGCCAAUCGUCCGCUGCCAUAUCCGAACGGAUUUUAUGAACAGAGCUGGCCCAACCAUCUAGACUUGCGUGCUCCGCAGUCAAGCGUCAACAUUGUGCGGCCUCCGCAACAAGGGGUGCUCUCACACAGCACACCACCGAGCGUCGAGGCCGGCGCAAACCAAGCUUCAGCACCGUAUCAAUUAGGCGGUAGGGGAGAGAACAUUGACACCUCUUCGAAUAUUUCUCAGCAAUAUAAUGGGACGGAAAUCGUGAAGGGCGUUCCUUAUUCAUCAACUUUCGAGGUGCCAGGAGGCGGGCUCUCGAUUUGAUCAAAUCGGAUAUCAGGCUCGUCUUAUCAAAAUACAUGAACUUUUCAGCGAACUACCAGAGCGUUACAGGCGAGGGGUGUCUAGCCUUGUUCGCCACGUCCUGGCCCCGCAAUCCCCGACCAGCCAGCUUCUCGGGAUAGGCUGAUUUGCAGGAUAUAUUCAUAGGCGCGUUCUGGACGGCCGAUGGAAGUGCAGAGUCAAGGCAUGAUUGAGAUGAGUAGGAAUCAUCCAUGAUGAAGUUUGAGCAAGGCUGGCGGCGACAGGAGGGAUAUCACGAAGUGAAAUGGAGCUCUCUUCGUACGCAUUCUUGUCUAUUUGCAAACUCUGAAGCGGCGAAUCACGUAUCGAUACAUUCCAUU